AUGAGAAAUCAAUCAACUAAUAUGAAGUCUCAUAUGAAGAAAAAGAGAGAAACCCCCAUUCCCAAUACUCCCUGCAACAGCAGCGAUCAGCUUUGCAUCAACCCACGUUGCUUCUUCUGCAGCAUGGGAGAACCAGAUCGAUCUGUCAGAAAAGCUGAAAUAACGACCUGCUUCAAAGAAAUAUUUCGGGGAGAGAAUCGUGAGCAACACGUGUUGGUACUGAGUGGACUAUGGCACAUCGCAAUGAGCCAACCCAACGACCCAGAGUUCCCAUCCCUCGGCAUCUUCAAGUGCAUGGCAAGUCUUAUCCACAAAGGGAUAAACGAUAGGCACUGGCUUCUCACAAAUCAAAACAUAUACGUACCCUAUUACGCUGCUCAUAUUAUUGGCUCUUACACAAUGAACAAGGAGGAGUUUGCACAACUAGCUGUUGAAUCAGGUGUGAUACCCCCAUUACUCGACCUGCUCAGGGGGAAGAUCAGUUGGGUUGAGCAAAGAGUUGCUGUUAGAGCACUUGGUCACUUGGCCAGUUACAAAAGCACGUUUGAAUCAGUAGCACAGCACGAACAAGAGGUGGUGAAGUUGGCCUUGAACUUGGCUUCCACUUGUUUAGAAAUUGUCUACGUUGACUUCGUAGCUGUGAAGGAAAACAAAAGGCUCGAAUAUCAUAGAAACUUGCUUACUAGGGGGGUUGGGGAUUUGGAGAUGGAGAAUCGCAAGGUAGAGGAAUGGGCUAGCCAGCUUCAGUGUUGGUCUCUUCACCUUCUGAAUUGCUUUGCUUGCAAAGAUAGGGCUCUGGAUCUAAUAUGCAAGAAGGUGUUUCUCAAGGACCUGUGCGAUAUGUGGGGAGGGUUGAUAAAUCACACGUCACCAGCAGGGGUUGGACUGAUUAGAAUCCUGUGUUAUAGUAAAGAAGGAAGGAAAAGCAUUGCUGAAUCACCAAAAGUUGUGAAGACUCUGGGCAACAUUUCAAGAUCUUCAGAUGAUUGGCAGUAUAUAGGUAUCGAUUGUCUUCUUCUCCUUCUCAAGGACCCAGAUACGAGGUACAAAGUUCUUGAUGCUGCCGCUCCUUACCUUAUUGAUUUGAUUGAACUUACAACCCUGGGAGACAAAUCAAACGUGGGGGAGACCAUCACAAAGGUUCUUCUUAAUUUGAAACCUAACAGACAAAAGGUUGGAACAGUAUUGCAAGAAGUGAUGGAUUUGAAGGUGGAUAGGAGGAGCAAGGAGAAGGUACUCUCGGAGGAAAAAUUAGAGGAAACAAUGGGUUUGGUGAGUUUGAUAAAGCAACAAGCGAAUCACAAGUUCAGGUUGGGAAAGGUGGAAGAGGCUUUAGAGAAAUACUCUGAAGCACUUGGUGUUUGUCCCUUGAGGUUUAGAAAAGAAAGAAUGGUGAUAUAUAGUAACAAAGCUCAGUGUCAUAUUUUGCUUAAGAACGCAGAUUCAGCUAUCAGUGACUCAACGCGUGCUCUUUGCCUAUCCAGCCCCGCAAACACGCAUAGGAAAAGCCUUUGGAGAAGGUCACAGGCGUAUGACAUGAAAGGAAUGGCCAAAGAAAGCCUCAUGGACUGCAUAAUGUUCAUGAACAGUAGCAUCAAGUCGGUGGAGACCAUGCGUAUCAAGAUUCCAUACCACGCUGCGCGCAUGAUCUGCAAGCACAUGGAUGCCACGUGGCUCUUUGCCACUGCUCGCUUGAGGGUAGAAAAAACAAUGCAAGAAUUGAACCAAGUUGGCGGGGAUGAUCAGAACGAAGAGCAACCACGUGAUCAUAAGGCCAUGAUGAUGAUGAUGGAAAAGAGAAACAGUCUCCUACACGGUAAAUUAAGUCCUUCCUUUGCUGAUUUAAUUUGA